GGGCGUGGUUUUGGCUUAACUGUGUUGGGAAAAAGAAAGGCGCCCUACGCCACAUCUGUACAGUGUUAGCUUGGCAGCUUGCUAGCACAGAAACAAAGAUGAGCCAAGAAAUGAAGCACGAGGCAUCCCAACUGAAUGGGACCCCGGCCGCUGAUUCUGCUCAGACGAAAAAGCGUGAGGACUACCUGGAGUGGCCUGAAUAUUUCAUGGCUGUAGCCUUCCUGUCAGCUCAGAGAAGCAAGGAUCCCAGCUCACAGGUUGGAGCAUGUAUUGUUAACCGGGAGAAUAAGAUAGUGGGCAUCGGCUACAACGGCAUGCCCAACGGCUGUGAUGAUGACCUGCUGCCCUGGUCCUGCUCUGCCAACGACAGACUGGAUACCAAAUAUCCCUACGUGUGCCAUGCGGAGCUGAAUGCGAUCAUGAAUAAGAACUCAGCGGACGUGAAGGGCUGUUCCAUGUACGUGGCUCUGUUCCCCUGCAACGAGUGUGCCAAGCUCAUCAUCCAAGCAGGGAAAGAAAGAGUGGGUGCUUUGAUGUCUACUCCUCUCCUAACAACCUACCACGACUAGAGGAACUAGUAGGAUAUCUACUGUAAAAGUUAAAUCUUAUAGAAAAAUGUCAUUGUAAAUAUUUUGUUUGUCUUUCACAGUGCGAAAUGUUUGUUUUUUUAUUGACUUUACAUGGGGUUACUUUUACUGUGGUCUCUUUCGAUUCUUUUUUUCACAGUCAGGAUACUCUUUCCAAUCGUUACUGUUUUUGUCUAACCUUUAGAAUGACUAUGUCACAAAUGGUGGGAGUACUGAAACACUAAACACAUUGUGUGCUGCACAUGCAAUGUCAACCAAAUAAACUAUGAGCAAUGUUUUAAAAUCA